CGAGAAAUUAUUGUUUAAAAUGUAUGUGUGAAAAUCCUAGAUUGUAUACAUCAAUGCGGCGACUCCUCUCAGUAAUCAGUACUACCUGGCUGCACCUCGAGGGGAGAUGUACGGUAUCGAGCAGGACCUUCAUCGGUUCACUCCUGAAGUCGUCGCCUCCAUCAGAGCCAAAACGCCCGUGAAGAACCUUUACCUCACUGGUCAAGAUGUCUUUUCCAAUGGGAUAGCAGGAGCUAUGCAUGGAGGCCUUCUCUGUGCCUCUGCCAUUCUCAGGCGAAUUGUGUAUGUAGAUCUUAUUUUUCUUAAACGGAGACUUAAGAAGAAACAACUUAAAAAAGUUGUGUGAACCUCUGACAGCAGGUUUAAUCAGUGCUUCAUGGCACUGUGAAUAAAGGAUGCUUGAUUCAAUUCCA